UUUAGCUCGAAUUCUCCCAACGAUACUCUUCUCAUUUCUACGCAUUGCACUACCACACAUAUCAGCAUAUACUUGCAAUACUCACGGUUUCCGUCUUUGCUUUCGUGAGUACUGUAUUUGUGUAAUUGGCUUGUUUUUGUAUCAAUUGCCCAGAAUUCGUUUCGUUCGAGCUCUCGUCACAAGAGUCCCUCCCUCGUAUCAAGGGCUCAUCGUGCAUCCACCUCUUCCCACCAUCAGUCUCCACCUACAAGCUAUCGCCAUGUCGACCCUCAAACGUAAAGCAGGCGCCUCAGCCGGGAACGAUUCGAAGAAGCCUAAAGCUAAUGGCAACAUUGCCUCUUUCUUCGGAGCAGCUCCUAAGCCUACUGGUACUGGUGCUUCUGCUCCCGCACCAGCCGUCAAGUUUGAUAAGGCCAAGUGGGUGGCUUCCUUGAAGCCAGAGCAGAAAGAGCUCUUGCAGCUCGAAAUCGAUACUCUUGACGAAAGCUGGUUGGCGCAUCUCAAGGAUGAUCUUGUUACAAAGGACUUCUUGGACUUGAAGCGAUUCUUGGAUCGGGAAAUCAGCUCUGGUCGCAAGGUGUUCCCACCUAGGAACGAUAUCUACUCAUGGUCCCGUCAUACCCCUUUCAGCAAUGUCAAGGUUGUCAUUGUUGGUCAAGACCCCUAUCAUAACGAUAACCAGGCUCACGGAUUGGCAUUCUCCGUUCGACCCCCAACCCCUGCACCACCCUCGCUCAAGAACAUGUAUAUUGCUCUGAAGAAAGACUAUCCUACUUUUGAGCCACCACCAAACCGAGGAGGUCUUCUCACCCCCUGGGCAGACCGUGGUGUUCUCAUGUUGAACACCUGCCUUACAGUUCGAGCCCAUGAGGCCAACUCGCACUCCAAUCGAGGAUGGGAGAAGCUCACACAGCGAGUCAUUGAUCUAGUGGCGCAAAAGAGAACAAGGGGUGUUGUUUUCAUGGCCUGGGGAACACCAGCCGGCAAGCGAGUGCAGAAGAUCGAUCGCGUCAAGCAUCUUGUACUACAGAGUGUCCACCCUAGCCCUCUCAGUGCUUCCAGGGGGUUCUUUGACUGCGGUCACUUCAGAAAAGCCAAUGACUGGCUGGUUACACGAUAUGGGCCUGAAGGAGAGAUUGACUGGGCACUCGGACCUGGCACUUCCACGAAAGCUCCAGCGACGGAAGCCGAUGCCAAAGAGGCUAAAUCUGCUGAGAAAAAGGCUGAGGCCAUUGAGAAGACUAAGCCUGAAGUGGUGAAGAAGGCUGAAGAGGACAAGGAGAACGAUGCUUUCGACGAAGAUGAGGAAGCUCUCGAAGAGGCCCUUAGGUUGGCUGAGGAAGAGGAGAAAGAGAAAGAAAAGUAGUGUUGAAAGUGUUCAAACUCGGAGUGGAUUUGUGUUAUGACGGCGUUCAACACUAAGUGAAAGGUACAUGGCAUGCAAGCGUUGGGACAGCUUUUCAACUAUUAAGUUUUCGGUUCCGGGUCAGGGAUCAAUGUAGGAUCAGCCUCGGGAAUCUAGGUACAUGGAUAUUGGAAAAGGUUUAUAGGAUGGAUGAAUACGGAAUAUUAUGACGCUCAA